AUGAAUAUAUUUGCAAUCGUCUUUAUAUUAGACUUUGGUUCCGCUACCAUUCUUCCUGUUUACUUGGAAAUUUUAAAAUCAAAAAAUAUAGAAAAUGCAGUUUUAUUUCAUUGUAGUGCAAAUAACCAUAUUCUUUUGAACCAGAAAAUAUUCAAUGAAAAUAAUAUAAGAGUCACAUCGUUUAGAACAGAGAAUUUUACGCAUUUGCCAAAUUUAGGUAACUUCAAACUUGCGUUUAUGUUGGACACCCGAUGUAGUUUCUGGGAGCUUAUUUUGAGUACCGCCAAUAAGAGAUAUUUCCGAGGAUCAUGUACAUGGUUGAUAUACACUAACGACGUUCAAGGCACAGCAGUUGCUGUAUCAAAAUACCCUGUAGACAUUAAUUCAGAUUUUAUAGUUAUUACAAAAGACGACUUAAAGAAAGUAUAUAAUUUGUUCGAAGUUUUUAAUAAAGGUUUUUACACCAACGGCUCGUUUGUAAUUGCGGAGCUUGGUUACUUGGAUACAGAAUUGCAUAUGACACCCAGCAAAAGGGUAGAUUUAAUGGGGGUAGUUCUAAAAAGCGUGGUGGUAGUUAUCGAUCCCAUUGCGAACGAAACGUUUGAACACUACUUGGAUCAUACAAAACCCGGUGUGCUAGUGGAUUCUGUGCACAAGUUGAAAUUUUAUACGUUAAUAAAGUAUCUGAGGAAUAUAUAUAACUUCAGCAUCAAACUACGGAGGACCAACUCUUGGGGAUAUUUACGGAAUGGAAGCUUUGACGGUCUUGUCGGGUCUCUGCAGGGACGUGAAGCAGAUAUAGGAGGGACUCCCAUCUUUUUCAGGUCGGACAGAUCAAGGUUUAUCGACUACGCAACUCCUACUUGGCAAUCCAGGCCCUGCUUUAUUCUGCGUCACCCUAAAUACCCAGGAGGUUUUCAUACAGUAUUUACUCGACCUUUGACUAAUGUUGUCUGGUAUUGGAUUAUUUUCACACUAACUCUUGCUGGGUUGGUUGUAUGCAUCAUGUUGAAGAUUAGUAUUAUAAAAACAACUGGGGACGAUCGAGACUCUUCCUCGUCUAUGGCUUUCAUAUUUAUAUUUAGUGCGAUAAGCCAACAAGGCACUACUCUCAAUAGAGGCUCGAUAUCUAUAAAGAUCGUUAUUUUCGUAACUUUAGUAUUCACGCUGACAUUGUACCAGUAUUACAACGCUACAGUGGUAUCAACUUUAUUGCGAGAACCUCCCAAGAGCAUUAGAAAUCUCAAAGAUUUGCUUAAAAGUAGCUUGAAGGCGGGGGUCGAGGAUGUGCUUUACAACAAAGACUACUUUAGGCGUACAACAGAUCCAGUAGCGCUAGAGCUCUAUCGUAAGAAAAUAGUAACAAAUACUGAGUAUAAUUUCUUCAAACCUGAUUAUGGCAUGCAACUAGUGAAGGCAGGCGGCUUCGCUUACCAUGUUGAUAGCGUUAGUGCUUAUCGCAUCAUGAGGGAAACGUUCAGUGAACGCGAGAUUUGUGACGUUCAUGAGAUAUAUUUGUACCCGCCGCAGGGUAUGGCGGCUGCCCUGCAAAAGAAUUCGCCGUACAGGGAACAUGUUGUUAUUGGGAUACGUAAAAUAUAUGAAUCGGGGUUAAUGUAUAGAUUAAAGUCGGUAUGGGAUGAACCCAAGCCGCCCUGCGUCCAUACACCAGACAGCAGUAUCUUCUCAAUCUCACUGCGAGAGUUCUCAAGCGCUCUGAUUAUACUAGCUUUAGGAAUGUUAAUAUCCAUUGUAAUAUUGCUUGGAGAAAACUUUGUGCAUAGAUUUAACACGAAGCCGUAUGAUUUUCGCCAU